AUAGUAGACCUUCAUUUCAAAAUGAGAGUUAGAUUUUGACAUAUCAAUCAUUCUAAAUUAUUAGGAAAAAAAGUAAAUUUUGGUAGGACUUAAAAUGGCAGAACAGGAUAGCCACGAGGAUGGGAACAGCGUUUCAUCACGCAUUACGCUCUUUAAUAAUCAUGUGGAGGAGCAUAUGCAGUGGCAGCGUAUCAAUCCUUUCGCCCAUUGCAGCGUGCGCGAUAUGCCCAAGCGAAGCAUUCAAAAGGAGCAAUAUGGAACUGCUCCCGCGGGCAGCCUCUCAGAGCAGCGGGCACUGCAGGCACAAGUGCUCUCAUUGCAGGAAAUACUACAGCUCUGUGAGCUGGUCAAUGAGAAGGGCGGAAACGAUUCAACCGAUGAAACGGCAGAGGUCAGCCUCAAGUUUGGAGAGCUGUUCGAGCUGUAUAGCCACAUCUCGGACAAGUUGCUGGGCACGCUUCUAUGCGCCCGUAAGCACAACUACGUUGACUUCGAGGGUGAGACGCUUUUCCAGGGACGUGAUGAUACCCAGACCGUUCGUCUUGUGCGUCCCUUCGACCAGCUGCGACAGGACCUGGUAUCCAAGAUUGAGAGCCUGCGUUGCAUUUCGGUUGAGAAAACCGAGCCCGAGGAGCACCCGGAACUGUGUGGUGCCCACUUCAGCUAGGGCACGAGCCACGUGGCUGUCAGAUUGUCACUUUCCCUGUAGGGGGCGGUAUGUAGGGAUCACCGACCCGUAUCAUUUUGUUGGCACGAACCACAGUUUCGGCACGCGCGCCUUUCUAAGCCUUUAACAGUUAAUUCAAUUAACAUUUUGGCAACCUUUGCACAAAAGGCUUUGGCCCCGGUAACCUAUGCUUAUGCUCAGCACGCCAACUGUGCCCUGUCCAAAGCACCUGACUGUCAAAUUGUGGCCAAUAUAUUGCUAUCGCAUUUCAGCCAACAUUCGUAUAUGCAAAUAAAUAAUAUUGAACCGUCUUAGCCUGUUGUAAAUCGCAACAGCAUGCCACAUCUGCCGCAGAUAGACAUCAAAGCGAUGCCUUUCCGCACAGUAACCAAAUCUUUGUAAAUAUAUAUUCACAGUGUGUACAGUAUAUAUACAUUUCAAUUUGUAAGUCAUUAGGCCAUUUAUUCAUGCAAUGCAUACAGUGGGCACAAUACAAGCGAUAAAUAAGAGGAUAAGCUCUGACUAAGUGACUCCCUAAUCACAGCUGUCCAUUACUUUGAAUAAUGAAUAAAUGCUGUAAUGCUAUGGCGAUAAGAGCAAGAAGUAACUUCUGAUAUAGUCAACAUUUCGAAGCACACUUGGAACGCAUUAUUCAAAAGAUUUGCCAAUAAAUAUAUAAACAUAAAUAGCAUCAAAA